AUGGCUCUCUUGUUCCUAGCGUUUUGCCGAGGAGGCUCGUUGUUCUUUGUGUCCUUCCUGUUCCCGCAAGAGAUGGCGACCAAGGUGCGUUCAUCGUUGCCGUUCUCUACCAAGGUGGAAAUAAUCCGGCGCGUUGAACGCGGCGAGAAGUCAGAAGUCGCCGCAUCCUUCAAGAUCGCCAGAAGCACGCUGAGUACGAUACUGAAAAACAAGCCAGCGAUCCUGCAAAAGGCCCGAGAUCGACCGAACGCCGACGGAAAGCGCAUUCGGGCGCCUGCCUUUGACAGAGUGGAAAAGGCGCUGUACGCGUGGUUUUUGGAUAUUCGCGCUCGAAACCUUCCAGUUUCGGGCCCCAUGUUACAGCAGAAAGCAAAAGACUUUGCCUUUUUGCUAGACGUUCAAGCUUUUAGUGGCGGAUCCGGAUGGCUUCAACGGUUCAAGGAACGUUACGACAUCGUCGGCAAAGUUGUCGCCGGCGAGAGUCGAGCAGUCGACAAUGAAAGCGUCAAGAAGUGGAUCGCCGAAAACUGGCCAGCAAUUACGGAGCAGUACAGGCCCUGCGAUAUUUAUAAUACCGACGAAACCGCACUGUUUUGGAAGCGUGUAGUGGAGCAGCUGCUCACCAAGCUGCAUGUGGGAAAAGAACUGAAGAUUGAUUUGUUGGGUGCUAUUGAAAUGCUUAGCCGUGCUUGGAGCGACAUCGCGCCUAACACAAUUAAGAAUUGUUUUCGCCACGCGGGACUGUACCUGGAUAACGACAGAGCAAGUACCGAAGAGGCAAUCGACGUUACGGAUGACGACUUAAACGAGAUGUGGAGAGACCUCGGCCGUCUUCCCGACGGGGUCCCGGAUGGCGUGGAGCUGGAAGAUUUUCUCGGAGUGGAUGAUGAUGUCGCAGUGACCAGCAGUCCUUCAGACAACGAAAUUGUCGCCGAGGUCGUGGCGGCUUCAGCAAACGACGCCGACGUCGAGGAAGCAGAGGACCCAGAGGCACCUUGCCCGACGCUUCACGAGGCGCUUGCAGCGACGGAAGUGCUCCGUCGCUACUGUUUUCAGAUUCAGGGAGGUGGACUAAUUCUGGUAAACCAGCUAUCUCGCGUCGAGGACGAAAUUUUGAAGGACGCAGUAAAAGCGAAGACGCAGGCAAAAAUUACCAGCUUCUGUCGGUAA